AUGGUUUAUGAUCCUAAUACAUUGUCUAAUAUUACAGAAGUUCAAACCACUCACAUUGAUUUGAACUUCAAUGUCAAUUUCAAACAAAAAAAUAUAGAUGCAAACGUUGUUCUAAAGCUUGUUUCUCUUGUUGAUAAUGUCAACAAAGUAAUUCUUGACACUAAUCACCUUAAUAUUAAACAUGUUUUGUUUUCGGGUGUUAACUUGAAGUAUACGAAAGCACCUCAAGACGAAAAGUUUGGUUCUGCUUUGAUUAUUGAUUUGAAUAAACAAUUACCAAUUAAUACUGAAUUCAGUUUAGAAAUAGCUUAUACAACUUCUGAGGAAGGAAAAGCUGUUCAAUGGUUAGAACCAAGUCAAACCGCAGGGAAAAAACACCCGUAUUUAUUUACUCAAUGCCAAGCCAUUCAUGCUCGUUCACUUUUACCAUGUCAAGAUACACCUGCAUUCAAAUUCGGUUAUUGUGCAAAAGUUGAAGUUCCUCAACCUUUACGUGCUUUGAUGAGUGCAAUCGAAGCUGGUGAAGAGGAAAAUAUUGAAAAAGGAACUCAAAUAUACAAAUUUAAACAGAAAGUUAAAAUUCCAUCAUAUUUAAUUGCUUUGGCUGUUGGUAAUUUAGUUGGCAAGAGAAUUGGACCUAGAUCUACUAUAUGGACUGAACCAGAAUAUUUGGAUAUUGCAGCUUGGGAAUUUGAAGAUACGGAAAAAUUUAUUUCUAUUGGUGAAAAUUUGCUUACACCUUAUGAAUGGAAAAAAUACGACCUUUUAGUUUUACCUCCAUCUUUUCCUUAUGGAGGUAUGGAAAAUCCAUGUUUAUCUUUCGUGACACCAACGCUGUUAUCAGGAGAUAAGUCAUUAGUGGAUGUAGUCGCCCAUGAAAUUUCUCAUAGUUGGAUGGGAAAUCUUGUAACAACAUUAAAUUGGGAACAUUUUUGGUUAAAUGAAGGAUGGACUGUUUUUAUUGAAAGAAAAAUUUACGGUCGUUUAUAUGGAGAAAAAGCGAGUGAAUUUGAGGCAAUUAUCGGAUUAAAAUCUUUAAAAGAAGAUAUUGACCAUUUUAAAGAUAAUCCCAAUUUUACAUCCUUAGUUCAAAAGUUACAAGGGAUUGAUCCUGAUGAUUGUUUCUCUACUGUUCCUUAUGUUAUUGGAGGUCCGGAAUAUUUUGAACCUUAUAUGAAAGCAUAUGUACAAGAAUUUGCGGGUAAAUCAAUUACUACGGAUUACUGGAAAAGGUAUUUAUAUUCGUAUGUAGAAAAACAUUAUGGGAUAGAAAAAAAAGCCUUAUUAGAUACUAUUAAAUGGGAAGAUUGGCUGCAUUCUCCUGGAAUGCCUCCAGUCGAGAAUAAAUUUGAUGAAACAUUUGCCAAGGCUUGCAAAGACUUGGCACAAAGAUGGGAUGAUGCUCAAAAAACUGAAAAAUUUGACGAAUUUUCAUCUAAAGAUAUUGCAAAUUUUACAACUAAACAAAAAAUGGUCUUUUUGGAUCAUUUAUAUGAAUACCCGGCAUUUAUUCAUUCAGCAAUUGAAGCACUCAGUAAAAUUUAUGCAUUCGAUGCUGUUCAAAAUUCGGAAAUUAAAUUCAGAUGGCAAAAGUUAUGUUUACGUCUUGAAUAUGAACCUAUAUUCCCUUAUGUGGUUAAAUUCUUAACUGCACAGGGGAGAAUGAAAUAUAUUAGACCUUUAUACAGGCAAAAUGGUUCUGAAUUAGCCAAGAAAACCUUUAUUGAAAAUAGAUCAUUAUAUCAUCCGAUUGCCGCUGCAAUGAUUGAAAAAGAUCUUGGAUUGAAAAAAGAUUAA